AAGGACAGGUCACCUUGUAAAACACAGAGAAGGACAGGUCACCUUGUAAAACACAGAGAAGGACAGGUCACCUUGUAAAACACAGAGAAGGACAGGUCACCUUGUAAAACACAGAGAAGGACAGGUCACCUUAUAAAACACAGAGAAGGACAGGUCACCUUAUAAAACACAGAGAAGGACAGGUCACCUUGUAAAACACAGAGAAGGACAGGUCACCUUGUAAAACACAGAGAAGGACAGGUCACCUUGUAAAACACAGAGAAGGACAGGUCACCUUGUAAAACACAGAGAAGGACAGGUCACCUUGUAAAACACAGAGAAGGACAGGCGAGGAACUGAUGAUCAAUACCUACAGUAGAGAUUCUAUCACCGUUCAAUAGGCACUGAUCUAGGAUCAGAUUACCCUCCCCACAUCCUAACUGUCUCUCUCUCUCUCUCUGUCUGUCUAAUACCCCACCUCUCUCUCUCUUAAUCUAUUUCUUUCUCUCUCUCUCUCUCUCUCUCUCUCUCUCUCUCUCUCUCUGUCAAUACUCCACCUUUCUCUCUCUUAAUCUCUCCCCCCAGCAUGUGAGCUGUAUGCGUUCUGUGGAGCGUUGUUUGGGAUGACCAGUAUGAUCACUCUGCUGGUGAUCGCCGUGGACCGCUACUUCGUCAUCACACGGCCGCUGGCGUCCAUGGGUGUGAUGUCCCGACGCCGGGCCCUCUACGUCAUGGCUGCUGCCUGGUUCUACUCUAUGUUCUGGUCCCUACCUCCCUUCUUUGGCUGGAGUGCGUACGUCCCAGAGGGGUUGAUGACGUCGUGUUCGUGGGACUACAUGACGUUCACGCCAUCCGUCCGCUCUUACACCAUGCUGCUCUUCAUCUUCGUCUUCUUCAUCCCCCUCUUCAUCAUCAUAUACUGCUACAUCUGCAUCUUCAUCGCUGUACGCAGCGCCACGAGAGCCGUGUGUAAGAUAAACGAGGGCACCAGGGACUCAGUGAAGAGCAUGCAUAAGAUGAGGACUGAGUGGAAGACGGCCAAGAUCGCUCUCAUCGUCAUCCUGCUCUACGUCAUCUCCUGGGCUCCGUACUCGUGUGUCGCGCUCACCGCCUUCGCAGGGUAUGCUGACAUGCUAACUCCGUAUAUGAACUCUGUUCCUGCUGCCAUCGCUAAAGCCUCUGCCAUCCACAACCCUAUAAUAUACGCUAUAACACACCCCAAAUACAGGCUAGCUAUCAGUAGGUACAUUCCAUUUAUGGGUGUGUUGCUGUGUGUUCCUACCAGAGAUCGUUAUAGCAGCAGCAGCUUCAUGUCCUCCACCCGUCGAUCAACCCUCACCAGUACAACAUCUGACCCCGGUAAGACUGGCAAGACCCGCCAGUCCUCCCUGUCCGACAGCGAGUCAGCAUUUACGGACACGGAGGCGCAACAUUCCUCUCGUCCGGCCAGUCGUCAGGUGUCCAGUGAUGUCACCCAGCUCCACCCCACCUUCUCCCAGAGGUCAAAAGGUCAUAGCUCCCUGAAGGCGAAAGGUCGCGACUCAGGAGCGUUUGAGAAAGCAGCUUCUCAGUCCCCCUCUGACCCUGCUGUCUGCCGCCUGCAACACGUCACUACGCUGACAGAGCCAGAGGACAUCUCCAUGUCUGAGAAUGUUGGUUUGACCAAUAUCCUUCCUGCUACUCUGGAUGACGUCAGAGAGGAGAGGUCGUCUCAAGGUAUUAGUGGGCGUGGCUCUUCCACAUGCCUAACCGACCUGAUCCCUGCCAUCGUACUCACGUCUACCUCUAGCCCCUCCUCCAUCUCCCUGCUACAAAGACAAGGUUCCCGAGGCAACCCAGCCAAUAACGUCAGUAAAGGGGCGGGGCUUGCUGUAAGAGAACCCGUGGAUGUUGUGCAGUUGGACAAUGUGUGACACAGCUGUGUGUGGGUCGCUUAUGUCCUCUACGGGGUUCCACGCUACCACCUUGCUAUCUACUGUAACUCAUGCGCUGUGUGUGUGGGUGUGGGUUAGUGUUUUGUAUUUAUGUAUUUAGAGAAGUUUUCCAUUGAAAUGUAGAAAACACAGAAUGUGAAACAGUUUCAGUUGGUGACUCUUUCCUUUUUAUUUCUUUAAACAAUGAGGAUUGUGAAAAUGUGGUCCCCUCCAUCCCCUCUUCCUCCCUUUCUCUCUCUCCUCCCUCUCUUCCUCCCUUUCCCUCUCUACUCCCUCUCUUCCUCCCUUUCCCUCUCCUCCCCCUCUUUCUUCCUUUCCCUCUCUCCUCCCCUCUUUCUCCCUUUCCCUCUCUCCUCCCCCUCUCCCCCCCUCUUUCUCCCUUUCCCUUUCUCCCCCCUCUCUUUAUCCCUUUCCCUCUCUACUCCCCCUCUCCCCUCUUUCUCCCUUUCCCUCUCUCCUCCCCCUCUUUCUCCCUUUCCCUCUCUCAAUUGUGUUAAUUGUCCUUUCAGCACCUUACAUGGCCCUGCCCCAGUUUACUGUUUGUAUGUGUGCCAGUGUGCGUGUCUGCACACAUCAGACCCCUUCCGCAACACAGAACAAUCCACAACGAUUGAGUAACACUUGUUUUCCGAACGUCAAUUCUUCCGUGAUCACUGUUUUCCUGUCUGAUCAUCACGCCUCUUAAAUGACGCCGUAUUCCCUAGAUAGUGCACUACGUUCAACCAGAGCCUUAUGUAGGGAGUAGUGAGCCAUUUGGGACGCAGGGAGUGUAUGUCAUUGCUGAGUGUCGACUCUAUGAUUGUAGCGAUCCUUCUGGUGUACUAACAGAAUUUAUUGUAGUUCUGAAAAUUGAUGAACUGAUUGAUUUGUAAUGUAUUGAUGAACUGAUCAACUGUUUAACUGUUACAUUAUGGAAAUAUGUG